AUGCAGUGCUGCAAUGUAUGCGAAGUAGUCGAUUGCGGGGAAGUGUUUGCUUAGUAAUCCAUCUACUACAUUGAAUUGAGCUCAAGAAAAGCUGAGCUUGAGGCAAUAGCAAAUCACAAGAUCAAUGUCUUGCUCGGAGGGUGUCAAAUGCAACGAAGAUGACGUGAAGGAUGAGAAUGAGCUAUCUCGCUAUGAGAGCGCCACGAGAGCAGAGCGGAACAUUGUAUGCAGGCCAGUGCCGCCUUGAGCCUAUGCGAGCUUGAGAAGCGACGAGCGAAAGUCAGGAUAGAUGCGUGCCCAGUUCACGAGCACCUGUACAACAAGAUUGUGCCACGCAGCGGUCAACAGGUAUGCUCUUCCAUCUCAACAAAAAGAAGCCAAAGCUGAGCGUUCAGCAGAGCUAAACCACACUCGUGACCCUGGACUAGUGACCAGGUGCAAGGGAUUCUGUCGACACUCCCGACUUGUGAACGGUUUUCUUGAGCUCUCUUCCAGUCUCCGGCACCGGCUUCGGGCUUCCUAUUUGUCUCGCAUGCUAUCAGGGGCUAGGUCGCGUUGUCGCAGCGUGGAACCUUUUCUACGACCGUUUCAUAUUCGCCAGCUUGCCAAGCCCCGCAUACUUCGUAUAGAUACGCAUUUGAUGUUGCAUCAAAUUGCAUUACGAAGCGACAAAGAAAGCCUGAACGGUGUUUUCGCACAGCAUGCACGCGGCGCACAGUCGCGCACUAGUGUUUGGUCGCAUCCCGCGCGGCCAGCCAGAGCACAAUUUGCCGACCGGCCUGCGUGGGCCACACGACAUUAUUGCCGAUCGCGCGUUCUUGACAGGUUGAGCUCUUUGAUCGCCAAGAAAACCUGCCUAUUCAGGCUCGAGUGCCACAAGGUUGUAUACAACCGCAACAAACCACCAAGACUGAUGGGCCACUCAAAAUGCAGCCGGAAGACCCCGGAUAAUGUCAAAAAGGGCCCUAGGCAAUCCGGGGUUCAACUGUGCUUGAAACAUACUACGUUGGAGAGAGUAUAAAGGGGAGAAGCAAUCCGCAACGGCGACACUCAAUUGAUACCACAAAGCAACGACAUCAUGGGUGUUGCUCAGUACCUCAAGAGCCGUGUCACGGAGCUCAAUCCUGAACGACCCAUCAAACCCAC